GCAAGAUUCGUCUUGCGGCUCGAGAUGACCAUUGGAUGUAAUCGAUAAGGGCGUCAAACUCUGCGCAACGGUCGUCGCCUGGAAACCCUGGUUCCAUUCUGGUGUUCAGCGUGGCUGGCGACUAUCCCGCGUCUGUUUACAAUCCUUGCACACCACACUCAACCUGCCCCGCGACGAAGUACCGCCGCCAGCCUCCAGAUGGCUCAGUCUCUGCAGAACCUUUGUUCGAGACUGUAAAAGCGACUGGAUCCCACUCCUUUUGACAAGUGCAAACUGAUCAAUUCGGCGUACCGGCAGGCCGCAGAUGGGUUUGCUCGUCAGUUCAGACUGUAAUCACGCAUUGCGAUGACUUGACGACGACCAUCGAGCUAUGUUACUAUCACUCCUCCUGCUUCCCGCUGGUCUCUUGACCUCCGUUACACCUGUGUCUGCACAACUUCCAUACAAUCCGACACGGAUUAUCCCAACGAAGAAUGGCUCCGUCGCAUACGCCUUCUCACCGCAGCCAUCGUCCUCCCAAUUCUCGCUGUACUCAUUAGAUGUUUCCGACCGACUCAAUUCUACCUCGGCCAAGCAUCAGCUUUCGCAGACCCUCCCAUUCUUGUCAGAAUCCGCCUCGAAACCAUUCAUAGCAAUACAUGACGAUGAGGGCAUCACGGUGUUGGCAGGAGAUUGCAAAGACAAUACAAAGGACAUAGGCUUGUGGAGAUACGCAACGAAUACUAGUGGCGAGGACGGCACCUGGUCACAAUUACCACUUUCUACCAGUGACGACUCCCUGAGACCGAAAUAUCUCUCAGCUGGUUUCUCAUUUUCUCCUUCCGAUUCUACCAAGGAUGUGUCCUUGUACGUUUUUGGCGGGAUGUGCCCGGAUGUGGCUUCCCCAGAUGCGACUGACUGGACCUCGAAUGCCACAUAUUCGAAUACUAUGCUGACUCUGGCACCGAACUCAGGGUCUUUGGCUACCUCACCAUAUCACUUGUCAUUGACCGGCGCAAGAGCGCCUCCUAUCGCGGAAGCCGGACUGACAAUAACACCCCUCAACCCGACCUUUUCGAAUACAUCGGACACGAAUGUAUCACAACAACAAAACUUUGUUCUACUCGGCGGCCAUACUCAGACCGCCUUCAUAAACAUGUCCCAGCUGGCUAUAUUUGCCUUACCGCAAGAGUCGUGGGCAUUCGUUGGGGUGUCGCGGACGUCGAGUGCGGGAGCUGGCAAGUUGAAAGUGAGAGACUCGACCACCAUCGAGCCUCGAUCGGGCCACACCGCCGUCUUGACAGAGGACGGCUCUAGAAUUAUUGUGCUAGGGGGCUGGGUAGGAGACGUUUCGGCUCCAGCCCUGCCGCAGCUGAUCAUACUGGAAGUCGGCCAAGGCUAUGGUGGUCAAGGUGACUGGAUGUGGACCGUGCCAUCUACGACUUCAGAUCCUUUCUCGUCGGUAGCCGGUAUCUACGGACAUGGAGCUACACUACUGCCAGGUGGAGUUAUGAUGGUCCUGGGGGGUUAUACUAUCGAUUCAUCUGGGUCGAGCCGGAAACGUGACCUCUCUGAAGGUCUUUGGUUCCUGAACACCAGCACCAUGGCGUGGUCCAACGAAUACACCAACCCCUAUCCGCCCGGGUCGACUCUGGCUGCGGUAAGCGCAGACGCAUCUUCAUCAGGAUUGAGGCCAGCCGAGAAAGCUGGGCUGGGUGCUGGUCUUGGUCUUGGGCUAGCAGCCGCUGCUGGGGUUGCUAUAGUCUGGCUUCUUUAUUCGCGCAAACUGCAUAGGAAGCGGGUUAUCAGGGAGAAGGAGCUGCGCGAGCAGGCUUUGGGCAGUCGAUUUCAAUCCCCAAGCCCACCACACGGCGAAGAUCAAAAGUCUCCUGGAUUUCGUUCCGCCAGCUGGGGUGAAAUGCAAGAACGGCAUAUCGAGAGCUCGGGCAAUCCCUUCCCCUGGGCUCCGGUCGUUGCGCCGGGCGGUGAUGGAAGGCUUCAAAUGCCUCCUAAUACCACGGAUAGUAACUAUUCACGGUAUGCCGAGCGUACCGGAGUGUUGAUGGAGGUACCGAGUCCCACUCGAGGCUUGAGGAGAAGUCUAAGCAACAGAGCGCCCGCCGGAUUUGGGCCCUUCACCCAGCACCCUCCCACAGGUGUUCCGGGUCCUGUCUUCCGCAUCGACGAAGAGGACGAGACCAGUCAGGUGGGCUCGGCAAGGCGGACCAAGAAAUAUCAAAUCGAAGGAGACGGCAACUCUGUAAAGAGCGACCCUUUCAAGGACCCUCCUGUGACCACCGAAAACGCCGCUUCACAGCGCAAGAAAGAAGUUGAAGGCUGGGUAGAGGAUUGGCAAUCAGCUGCAGAGUCCAUGAGCGUGUCAAGGAGCACAAGUCAAGCCUACAGCAGAACUCAUUCGAAUCUGUCGCAAUUACGCCCACCAACUACUGGCGGAGACCACUCCGGACGAGGCUCGCCAGAAAAGUCAGAUCGUACGGGAAGCAACUUGUCUGAAAGCAGUGCUUUUACCACUGCCUCUUUCCAACGAUCCAUGUCCAGCACAAUAUCCCGAAAUGUGUCUCAACGGAGCGUCAGCGCGGGUUACGCACUCUUUGCGGGUGCUGCAGCUGCCAUGGGUAAAUUUGGAACUCCUCGACAAGGGCAGAACGAAGCUCAAAAUGUGGGUGGGCUUUCCCGAGCACCAUCCAACCGCAGCGUCUCGCUAAAUACAGAUUCUGCCGGGCGUCCCAAUGCGAAUGAGGGAGCGGACAGAUAUGCAUUUGCCCGCGAGAACCCCUGGGGCCAUGUGGUUGCAGGUGAAAACCAAGCUCUACUAAGUGCUAGAGACAAGCGUCAAGAUGAUCGAUAUUACAAGACGCUGGUGGAAAACCCUGUCAGGGCCAAAUACGGCAGGGCGGGCAGUCUUCCUACCCCUACCCGAAGAGCAAUGAACCUGCUGGGCAGCAUGAGGCGCGUCUUCACGGGGACUGGCAAUGUCGACGUUCAAGACCGCGUGAACACUCUUGAAGACACGAGGGGUCAUUCUAACUCGACGAAGCAGCCUGAAAUGACAGAGGCCGCCCCAAGCAGAACCCUAAGCUCAGGAGCCCCUUUCUGGAGAGGCAAACGAGGUGCCAAGGACUGGGAUGACAAUAUGCCUGGGCAAAGUGAAGCUGGAUCCUCGAUCCGAAGGAAACCAGUCCCAGGAGUGGUGGUGAACGACAUUGAUGGAGAUUUGGGAGACGACGAAGAUUGGGACGUUGAAACUGCUGUGCAGAAGCGAGUGGUCCAGGUCAUGUUUACUGUCCCAAAGGAAAAACUGCGCGUUGUCAAUGCCGACGCGUUGAGUCUGCUGAGUAGCAAUAGAAGCGAGGCGGAUCAUGAAGAGGACAAGGAGCAAGAUCAAAUCAAGAGGAUGAGUAGCGUGAGGGAGGGGGAUGAUGAAGAUAACGACCCUGAUGACUCCACGAGGAAGGGAAAAGGAAAGGAACAGGACUACUGACUGGCUGGUGAGAGGAUGUGCAAAAGACGCUUGAUUAUAUUCUUGUAACUAACUUCUCUCUCUGUUUUGGCCCAUGAGAUUUAGAGCCGAUCUUGGAGUGGCAAUCUGCUUUUUUAUCGGAUUUUGAUGGGCAUCUCUGUAUGGCCGAGCGAUGGUGCUGAGUGCUUGGAUAUGUACAAUUGAUAUAUGUCG